AUGAAGCAGUUCAAAGACAUAUCAGGCGGUCUCGGCUCGUCGCAACUCAAAACCAGCUCACGAGUGAGCAACAUCGUUCGGCAAUGGGGGUAA